AGCAUGAGAAAAUCUUAGCAACGCUGUCAAUAUAUACACACAACUCCACAUACAAACACACACACACGCUUACAUUCAUUCAUUCAUUCAUCUUCAUAAAUACAUGAUUCCACGAAUCAUGACACUCAUAUGCAUAUAGUCCUUCCCAGACUACAAUAGUUUUAAACAUUGUAGUUAGAUAACUAUCUUUAAUAUCAAAUGGUUACGCUUAGUCCUUAUAUUAAUCUCCAAUAAUAUUUUUGGAAUUGUUAAUCGUAUCAUCAAAGUUUUAUUUCUUGUUGAAAUUUGAUUCGUUCGAAUUAUUAUUAUCAAGAUCAAACUUCUACAUUCGUCCGUGUUCUUCAUUAUUGCUUUUGUUCAACUAACUCUACAGAUCAAUGGAUAUUAGUUCAAAUAUCGAUGAAGUCACACACCUGCGCCGUCUCGUUGAAACAGAUGACCCGAGUUUUUUUGGUUUCAAGAAACUUCGUGUUCGUGGACGCGAUCUUCAUGAGUUGCCUGUUGCAAUUUUCUCUUUGCUUGAACUCGAAGUUCUGUCUCUUUCACCAGACAGAGAGGCAUCUCUUUACUACAGACUUUAUUUUCUACCUAAACAGAUUGGUCAGUUAAUUAACCUCAGAAUUUUGAUCUUGGAUACCAACGCACUUACGAACUUACCACCCGAGAUUAGCAAUUUAUCACAUUUGGAGAUUUUAACUCUGAGUAAUAACUAUUUAACUUCUUUACCACCACAAUUCCACCGAUUGAAUGAGCUGCAGAGCUUACACUUGGCCAAUAACAGCUUUUCUGUGUUUCCACCCCAGAUCUGUAUUCUGAAGAAUCUUCAAUUCCUAGACUUGAGCGAUAACAAAAUUUCUGAACUUCCACAUUCUAUAAGUCAGCUACAUUCGCUCCAAACACUACUUUUAUUUCGUAACCGCCUUCAUGUCUUACCUGACACCUUGUGUGACCUGACAGAACUGCGUUGCCUCUGGCUCGGUGAAAACUGUCUAACAAACUUGCCGCGUUGUUUUGGGAAAUUAGAUAAACUUGACUGGAGCUUCAUAUAUACGUCAGCGGUUUUAGACGGCAAUCCUAUGGAGCGGCCACCGAUGGACAUCUGCCGGCAAGCUCUGAAGUGGUACAAGAUGGCAUUUUCCCGUAGCCUAAGUAUGUCUUUGAUUCUGCUCUAUAUAGCCUUCUGCUUCUUAGAUCCAGUUGCGGAUUCCAGAGAAAUGAAGAUUUAUUGGCGGAAUGUUUCCAAGUAAACUGCGAAAACAAUGCAAGUAAUGUUCGUUGUUGGUCCAAACUGUUCACUGGACAAUGCGCUGAUACAUCAGAAAAAGAGGAGUGAAUCUAAUGCGAUUGAGAAAGAAAAUUUUAAUACUUGAUUCACAAGAGAGUUUACUGAGUUCCACCCGACUAAGCAUGACAAUCAGCGAUAAAAAAAAUACUAAAACGUCAAUAAAUUCCAAGUCUCGGAUGUUUACCAGAAGAAGUUUAAUAAACAAUAGAUAUGAGUAAAAAAUGAAAAAUAAAAAAUGUAGAUCGUCAUUAAAA